CACCCAAAAGCUCCGCCCCCACCUUUGGGGUUUUUUUUGGGGUUUUUUUUGGGGUUUGAGGAAAAACGAACCCAAAACCAGGGGAAAAAAAAAAAAAAAAAGUGGAAAAAAGGAAAAAAAUGAAAAAGGAAACGGAAUAAAAUUGAGAGAAUUGAGAUGGGAGUGGCGUGACAGGGGACAGAGGGUCAGAGGGACAGGGAGGGGACAGAGGGGACAGAAAUGGCGAAAGGGAUGGGGACAACAAUGGGGACAGACCCCUCCUGUCCCUGUCCCUUUGUGUCCCCUCUUGUCCCCGUCCCUGUCGCGACACUGAGACCCGCCGGGGGGCGGAGCCAGCAGGGGUGUGGUCAUGAAGGGGGGCGUGGUUAAUGUUAAUGACGUAGUUGGCUCCGCCCCCGUGGAGAGCCCGUAACGGCCGCCAGGGGGCGCUCGCGGCGGUUGCCGGGCAACGCAAACAUGGCGGGGCAGUACGAGGACGCCUUCAGCCCCCCCCGCCUGCAGUGCUGGACCGUGCCCCGCCCCCCCCCGAAGCUGCCCGCCCCCCGCCCCCCCACGCCGUUCAUCGCCGAUGACCGCGGGCACCUCCUGCCGCACGCGCGGCGCUCCCAGGGGUCGCCCUGGGGGACGUUCCUGGGGACGUGGGACAUGCCAGCCCGGGUGCCCCCCGCCCGCCUGGACCUGAGCGCCCGGGAGCCCCGCGCCGCCGAGAGCCUGCGGAGGGGCCAGCCCCGGGAGCUGCGGAGAGCCUGCAACGGCCUCCGGACACGUGUCACCGGCAAGCUGCAGAAACCCUGGGACACGGAACCUUCUGGAAAGGACCAGGGGGGUCCCAGCGGGGGGCUCCCCCCACCCUGAGACCCCAAAACCUGGGGACAACCCUGAGGAGGGACCCUGUCCCCAAAAUGCCCCCGGGGAGGAACCCUGUCCCCUAAGUCCCUACGGCUGGGGACCCUGUCCCCAAAAUCCCCCCGGCUCCUGAGCCCCUGCAGGUGGCUCUGCUGUCACUGUCCCCUCCCCUGGGGACAAUCCCCCCCCAAUCCCACACUUCCCCC